GAACGCCAUGUUUGUUUCAUAUUUCUUUGGCUGCUUCUAGGGCUUGCACUUUACUUCUCCCUCUCAAUUUCCAUCUUGCCCUUAGGGUUUUCUUUCGUCUCUCUAAACCUGCUCUGCAACUUCAAUCUUCAAUUCCCGCUUUUUCAAUUGUUCAUCUGGUCGAGGUCAAGAGUGAUGUGUGUUUGAGUUAUGGCGCUUAAAGUUCAUCCUUCCAAGGCAGCUGAGGUAGCCAUUGGGUCUAUUGGUCGUGGAUACGACAUAACGACAGAUCUAAGGCUUAAGUACUGUAAAGGGAAUUUUAAUGAUUCUCGGUUGAUAGAAAUUGAUGAAGGUGUAGGUCAUGGGAUUGUUCUUCCUGGUGGGAUUUCGAUCUCAAAUGUGCCCAAGUCGAUUAAGUGUGACAAAGGGGAGCGAACCAGGUUCAGGUCUGAUGUUCUCUCUUUCCAACAGAUGUCAGAGCAGUUCAAUCAGGAGAUGACUCUGACUGGUAAAAUUCCUUCAGGUCACUUCAACACCAUGUUUGAGUUUUCAGGAUGUUGGCAGAAAGAUGCAGCCAAUACGAAGAAUCUAGCUUUUGAUGGGGUCUUCAUUACCCUGUAUACAGUUGCUUUGGAAAAAUCACAGAUGGUACUCUGCGAUCACGUAAGAAAAGCUGUGCCAUCAUCUUGGGACCCUGCUGCACUUGCGAGGUUUAUUGAAACCUUUGGCACCCACAUUAUUGUUGGCCUUAAGAUGGGAGGAAAGGAUGUAAUAUAUAUGAAGCAGCAGCAUUCAUCUACUCUUGAACCUUCUGAAGUGCAGAAGAGACUGAAGGACAUGGCAGAUAAAAGGUUUACGGAGACCAUGGGACAAUACGGAAUGGGUUCAGAAUGGAUUUACAACAAUGACAAGUUUGAAAGUAGGGAGCAGCAUUUGCAGUUUUCCGAUGCUAGCUCUGCAAUUUCUGCACUGAAGGAGGACAUUGUAACCAUUUACAAGAGAAGAGGUGGAAGUGACAGGAUUAACCUCCCACAUCAUGAGUGGUUGCAGACAGUUCAGUUGGAGCCGGACGUGAUCUCAGUGUCCUUUAUCCCAAUUACUUCUUUAUUGAAUGGAGUCCCAGGGAGUGGAUUCUUAAGCCAUGCAAUAAAUCUUUAUUUGCGAUACAAACCACCAAUUGAAGAGCUUCAUCAAUUUUUGGAGUUUCAGCUCCCGAGGCAGUGGGCGCCGAUAUUCAGUGAGCUUCCACUUGGUCCUCAGCGGAAACAACGCAACUUGGCAUCUCUCCAGUUUAGCCUUAUGGGAUCAAAGCUUUAUGUGAAUACUACUCCAGUUGAUGUGGGUAGGAGGCCAGUUACAGGUCUCCGGCUUUAUUUGGAAGGUAAAAGAAGCAACUGUUUGUCCAUCCACUUGCAGCACCUCUCCUCUUUACCCAAAAGUUUUCAACUUACGGAGGAUCCAAAUAGCAACUCCGGUCAGGAGUCUUACGAUCGCAGAUAUCUUGAAAAAGUUCAGUCCAAGUACUUUUCUCACGUUUGCACUGCUCCUGUCGAAGCGGACGAGGAUCUCUCAAUAGUUACUGGGGCACAGUUACAGGUUGUGAAUCAUGGGAUGAGAAAUGUUUUGUUUUUGCGACUCUUCUUCUGUUCAGUUUUAGGAGCUACAGUUGUAAAGCAGGCAGAGUGGGAAGGUUCACCUGGACUGGCCGCCAAGUCUGGACUUAUAUCAACACUUAUCAGUCAUCAUUUCUCAGCAGUUCAGAAACCGCCUCCAAAACCAGCUGAUGUGAAUAUAAACUCUGCUGUAUAUCCUGGGGGUCCACCAGUGCCUGUACAAGCCCCUAAGCUUCUGAAAUUCGUCGAUACCACUGAAAUGAAGAGAGGGCCCCAAGAAACUCCUGGGUAUUGGGUUGUCUCUGGGGCAAGACUCAUGGUGGAGAAGGGGAGGAUCUCCCUUCGGGUUAAGUUUUCUUUACUAACUGUCAUAUUAUCCGAUGAAGAAGAAAUCAACGACAAUUAGCUCGUUUUGUUCGUUUGUUUGAAGACUACCAAGAUCAUCGAGAAUCAGCACAUUUUGAAACGAAGCAUAACUAGACAGAACAAUCCAUGAAUCCAGAACUCUACAAGGGGUGAAGCAAUGUGGGAAGAUAAUGUUGGAUGAUUCUGCUGUGUAUUCAAUUUCAAUUCAAAAAGGGAGUCAUCUAUGUUGGCAAUGUAAUUUACUUUUCGUGUACGUAAUACGAUAUUGAAGCAAUGAAGAUUUGUACAUAACA